AUGAGGCGGAUACUGGAGGACAGGCUUAUGAGGUAUUUAAAAGAAAUAGGGUAUGAGGCUGUUGAGAGAAAGGCAUUGGAAGUUUUUAUGGCCUCUCUGGAGGUUUAUAUGCUUGAGUACUUGAAGAGUGUUGCGUCUGUCUCUAGACACGGACUAAAGUCUCAUUCGACCUUGCUGGACAUCCUGUGUUUUGUAGAGGGAAAGAAGUUUGAACUUCCUCCUUUUGAAAGGGUCACAUAUGAGAAAGAGGAGGUUGAGAAAGAAGAAAAGUUUGUCAGUCCUUUGUCAUCAGGCAUCGAGAAGUACAUCCAUAUAUAUGACUUCAUGCCAAGCUUUCCGCCGACACAUGCGUUCAGACAAACGAUUGUCAAAGGAGGGAGCAGAAGUAGUAAAUCCAUGAAUGUGAAGAACAGGCUGGAGCAGAGCCUAAGAACUGAAGGAAAUCUGCUGAGGCUGAUCAAGGCAUCUGGAUCCCUUCCACCGUUUGUUAACUUCCUGUAUAAGAAUGAGUGA